GAUACGAUCAAUCGAUCCAUAAUGGUCAAAGACCCCUCAUCAACGGCGGCAGCUCCACACGUACACACCGUCCCCGGUAGAAAGUCCCGCUAUGGAUCAUGGGGCUUUACACCCAGCGCCCGCUCAACUCUAGUCGCGCUGCCAAAGACCUACCCGGAUCCGGCGGUUGCAGCAGCUGCAGCAGGCCGAAAAAUGCGCCUCGGUGGACGGGGAGCCAUGGGUCGCUAUUGCCGCUUGCUUGUCGCACUGAUCGUCUGCAGCACCGUGGUGUCCAUGAUUCUGCUGUCCAGGUUAUGGGGGCUUGGAUCUGGUGUGUCCGGUGGAUCAGAUACCGGCAGUAUGUUUGGCGGGAAGUCCGGACUGGUUAAUGGAUUGUUUGCAAGUGUUACCAGAAAAGUGGUGGAUCCAUUUGAAGAGGAAUUCAAAGGUAAAGACCGGAUGCCGCCGUCCGUAGAGUCCAUGGAGGAAAAGAAGAAAUCCCACACGGGGGACGCACUCCUAGAUUACUACUUGACGAUGUACAUUGAUGGGAAGGAGAUCACGUGGUACAGCGAGGUUAACAACAGGGGCAUACUAAUGGAAGCUAUGAAAGACUACCUUGCUAUGAUGGUCGAGUCGGACGUACAAGUAAGAUGGGAUGACGUCACCAAAAAGAAGAAUGGCACAGCCGUCAUAUCUUCAAAGCCUGACACCCCUGCUGACAUCACUUUGUCCGAUUGGCUCACCAUAGUCGCCCGUUACUCCAACAAAGGCGUCAAGUUAAACUAUGCCAGCACCCACGCCCUCAUGUAUGGCAUGCCCGUGCUGUCAAAUUUGAAAAGUAUCCUCCAUGCCCCAGUGUGGGUCCACGCGGACAUCUUGCCGGGCCCUAACGGUAACACAGCUGUUUCAGUCAACCCCGAGGAUUUCAUCAAGAUGACAACGUCCAGUCUAUUACCCAAACUCUCCCUGUCUGUAGGAUGGACCACGGCCUGGAACCCUGACCCCGUCCAGCAGAGAUACACCUGGCACAACGUCAUCGCCAUGGCGAGGGCCUGCGCCUUGAUCAAGGCACCCGUGUCCUUUUCGGUGAGGGCCGUUUUCGCCUCCAAAUCGACGCGCCAGCUGAAGUGGCUACUGAGCCUUGCCAAGCGCUUCACCGUCACGGUGUGGGCCGACAAGUACGACAUCAUGCCCGUGGCUGAAUUGGUCUACUUUCGCCAGAUCAUGGACCGAAAGAAAGUCUUCUACAACCUCCCAUACGCCUUCAUGGAGAACUUGAAGGAUGUGUCUCCGAACACCAAAUCGGUGGGCACAGAAGGCGGUGACAAAGGCCCCACGUGGAACAGGAACCUGUGGGACCCAGUGCUGAUCCACGAUAACUCCUUAGCCUUCCUCGGCAAGGAACAAGCUGUCUUAGACGGACCAGGAUGCUGGUUGGUCUCCAAAGUACCCUACAAACCCGAGAUUAAGAAAUCAAAAACCGCUGUAGUCAGUGGUAAGGUGCACUUCGUGGACACUGACCUGGCUUCACCGUCGGAGAACUCGGUCCUGGACGUCUACAUUCGUAACUCCGGCGUCAACCAACCGCCACCAGACCAAGUCCAAGGGGUCAGGCUCAGAAUCCACCAGGAUGGUUCCCUGCAACUCGCCCCGGUCAACCUCAACCAGGCCGGCGCAUUCAAACUCCAAUCCACGGCCAAGCUACCCGCAAGCGACUGUUACGAGUUUCAGCUCGUGGACAAAGGCGACGGGUACCCGCUAUAUUGCACCGUGAAGCUCUGGCAGUGCACGCCGGGGGAGGAAACGGAAGCAGACCCGCUGGCUACCAGCGUGGCUCUGCACUUGAACGUUGCUUACGAGAUGGAGAAGCAGCUAUUUUACGUCGCCAUCAAUGGCGGCAGCGAUAAAAAUGCGGUGGUGCUUGAGCAACUAUCAGUAGAUGACAAAGCUUGGACCUAGAUCCAACUUCCAAGUUUUAUUUGAAGUCAUACCCGCGGACGAGCAAAUGAAAUCUAAUUUGAACGGGAUGUGAACCUUAGACCAAUAGAAUGCUGUACCAGUGGUGUAUCACUCAUGUUAUGACCGUAUCCGAAAAGGUGUCAAGAGCUAUACGGCUACGUCUAUUGUCAGCAUGUGACCACAUCUCUGUAGGUCUAGUUGUCAAAGAGCUGAAGGCAUAUCCAUAGACAAGAGAUCACGGACACCACUACGUACCGCCCAUCAUGCAUAGAAUGCAGGGCGGGAACGAAUAUAUAACGUCGCGUUAGUGCAACAAGGUCGUAACUCGGAUAUCUCUCAUCUCAAAUAACUUCAAGUUUAAGCUUUUGUGGCACCAUGCAUGUAAAUGUUUCAUUGAUGUGAAACAUGCAGAAUAUGUAUUCUGCAUAUUUCAUAUCAUUUAAAAACUGGACAUGGUGCCACAUCACGAAAGUUUAAAAUUUGAAUUAUUCGAGAUGAGAGAAAUCUGAGUUACGACCGUGUGGCACUGUACUGACGCGACGAAAAUAUCCUUUGACGAAUGGCUAAAAUAGCCGGAUUUUACCAUGACCUAGCAACUAUUUACUUUUUCCUGAUACGGGUGAAAUUUCAGUGCGACGUGAACUUCCUGAUCAACUUUUGAUGGGAUGAUCGAAAUUGAUAAUGCAAUAAUUUGUGACGACCCCCAGCUGUAUCCGUGUGUUUGAUUUGUCGUGCUGAUUUUGUACCAACGCAAUGUCUGGUUUGAUGUGUGUUUGGUUAACGGUCCUUCAAUGAUGCGCGCAGGCAUAAGGACAAAUUGGUCAUGACGCUAAUUCAUCACUUCGGGACAGAGGGAAUUUGUGUACACCGUUCAAGAUUAGCUAUACAACAUCAUCGGUACUUUCAGUUAAGAGAAAAAAAAUCACUACUGAUUUCAGUUAAGGAAAAUGAUCAUCAUGUUUUUGACUGGGGAGUUUCUUGAAGCUACUCCUAUACUAUUCUACAGGGUGAGUCAAAAAAGCGGAACCCAAACCCCCAAACUAU